AUGUAGACUGGCAAAAUAGGCAUCACCAAAUACGCUUAGGGAGAACUCGGAGAUAUCGUUCAUGUUGAUAUAAAAUCAGUUGGUCAUUAAUUCAAAAAGGGAGAGGGUAUUACUGCCAUCGAAAGUGUUAAGACUGCUGCAGACGUUUAUGCUCCAGUGACUGGUGAGGUUAUUGCUCACAAUGACAGCGUUAAAGGGGAACCAGCUCUUGUAAAUACCGAUGCUGAGACUGAUGGAUGGUUAGUCCAAAUUAAGAUUAAUGAUGAAAAAGAUUUGAAUGAUUUAAUGGAUGCAGCAGCCUAUGAAAAGUUCUUAGAAGAACACAAGCACUGA